UCUGUGCAAAAGGAGUGAGGAGGACUUCGCCCCCUUCAAUGGAAUGUGUGUGUGUUGCUUGUGUGUGUCUCUUGUUACAAGGAUUGGAGGGGAUCAGCCUGAAAGCAAAGCUUGGGGAAAACACUUGAGCAGAAAGGAUGUGGACCACUCUGCAAGCUGCCACCGAACCCACUUUCACUGGGGGCACCACCUGUGGCAGCCGGAGACGCUUCUGGGUGCUGGCUGUGGGGCUGGUAGUCGGCGUGUUCCUGCUUGGCUUCCUUAUCGGCUGGCUGAGUAAUACAGAUCAAUCAGCAAAGACAUGUUCUCAUCAGAAGAUGAAAAGAGCAUUUAUGAGAGAAAUGAAAGCAGAGAACAUCAAGGAGUUUUUAUAUAAUUUCACUCAGCAGCCUCACCUGGCUGGCACACAGGAGAAUCUACACCUGGCUGAACAAAUACAAGCCCAGUGGGAGGCAUUUGGCCUGGACUCAGUUCACCUGGCUCCUUACGACGUUCUGCUUUCUUACCCAAAUGAGACAAAUCCCAAUUACAUCUCAAUUCUUGAUGAGCAUGGAAAUGAGAUUUUCAAUACCUCAUUGUUUGAGCCGCCACCUCCAGGGUAUGAAAAGAUUAAAAAUGUGGUGCCUCCUUACAGUGCUUUCUCAGCCCAGGGAAUGCCAGAGGGAGAUCUGGUAUAUGUGAACUAUGGCAGCAUAGAAGACUUCCAGAAACUGGAGCGAGAGAUGGGAAUUAAUUGCUCUGGGAAAAUUGUCAUUGCUAGAUAUGGGAAAAUCUUCAGAGGAAAUAAGGUUAAGAAUGCUGAAAUGGCAGGUGCCAAGGGUGUUAUUUUGUACUCUGACCCCGCUGACUCCUGUGCUCCUGGAGUAGAUCCGUACCCAGAUGGAUGGAAUCUUCCUGGAGGUGGGGCCCAACGUGGAAAUGUGCUGAUCCUGAAUGGAGCUGGGGAUCCACUUACUCCAGGCUACCCAGCAAAAGAAUACCUUUACCGCUACGAUGAAUCUGAAGCAGCAGCUCGUUUAUCUAUUCCUGUCCACCCCAUUGGUUAUCAUGAUGCUGAAAAGCUGCUAAGGGACAUGGGUGGAUCUCCUCCACCAGAUGACAGUUGGAAGGGAAAUCUCUCUGUGUCUUACAACGUUGGUCCUGGCUUUAAAGGAAGUGCUUCCAAAAGCAAAGUCAAAAUGCAUAUCCACAGUUUCAAGGAAGUGAGAAGAAUCUACAAUGUGAUUGGUACUCUCCGAGGUGCAAUAGAGCCAGACAGGUACGUUAUCCUUGGUGGCCACCGUGACUCUUGGGUGUUUGGUGGGAUUGAUCCUCAAAGCGGAGCUGCUGUCGUUCAUGAGAUUGUCAGAAGUUUCGGGAAGCUGAAACAGGAAGGAUGGAGGCCUCGAAGAACAAUAAUAUUUGCCAGCUGGGAUGCUGAAGAGUUUGGCUUGAUAGGCUCAACAGAAUGGGCCGAGGAAAAUGUCAAAAUACUACAGGAGCGUGCAGUGGCAUAUAUUAAUGCUGAUUCCUCCAUAGAAGGAAACUAUACUCUUCGAGUUGACUGUACUCCAUUGAUGCACAGCCUUGUAUAUAAUCUGACUAGGGAGAUACCAAGCCCCGAUGAAGAGUUUAAAGGCAAAUCUCUUUAUGAAAGCUGGUAUGAGAAAAACCCAUCUACAGAACCGAAAGGUGUCCCCAGGAUCAACAAGCUGGGCUCUGGCAAUGACUUUGAAGUCUUUUUCCAAAGGUUGGGCAUUGCUUCUGGCAGAGCUCGUUACACAAAAAAUGUGAAAGUGGACAAAUACAGCAGCUAUCCAGUUUAUCACAGUGUCUAUGAGACCUAUGAGAUUGUGGAACGGUUCUACGAUCCCACUUUUAAGAACCACCUGGCUGUAGCCCAAGUCCGAGGGGGGCUGGUGUUUGAACUGGCUGACUCUGUCAUCAUUCCCUUUGAUUGUCGGGAUUACGCUGCAGCGCUGAGCAGCUAUGCACAAGUAAUUUACAAUAUAACCCUGAAACACCAAGCAGCAGUGGCAACCUAUGAGGUAUCCUUUGAUUCCCUAUUUGAUGCAGUGAAUAACUUUUCAGAAAUUGCCAGCGACUUUCACAAAAGACUACACAUCCUGAACAUCAAUAACCCAAUUGAAGUGAGAGCUCUGAAUGACCAGCUGAUGUUUUUGGAAAGAGCAUUUAUUGAUCCCCUUGGACUACCUGGCAGGGCGUUCUAUAGACACAUCAUCUUUGCCCCAAAUAACCACAACAAGUAUGCCGGAGUAUCUUUCCCUGGAAUCUAUGAUGCACUUUUUGACAUUGACCACAAGCCAGACCAGCGCAAGGCCUGGGAAGAAGUCAAGAAGCAGAUCUCCAUUGCAGCCUUCACAGUGGCAGCUGCAGCUGGGACCCUGAAAGAAUCAUUUUGAAAUAUUAGAAACUCAGACUCUAUUGCCUGAAUGAUACUUCCUUUCACUGUCUAAGACUGUACAGCCGAGAGACCCUCCAUGUUUACAGGUUUAACUUUGGCAGCUUUGAUUAUUCACAGAAUGGAUUAAUGUGUUAUCCUUAAAAAUUUCAAGGUUCUCCAGGGCACUUCUAUGGUCAGUUUCAGCCAGAGGUUACAGCGGUCCUAUACCUCUAACACUUGUAAAAGUGCAGGACCUAUUGUACAUAGUUUUGAGGGUGGUGACUUGCAGACUUUGUCCAUUUGCUUUGUGGUUUCUGAAGAAAUAAUAUCCAUCAAGGCACGUUCAUACAAAGAUGUGAUCUGACAAAUUGCUAAAAUUUCCAUUAGAUCACAUAUUUGAAGAGCUGGAAGCCAGGAGUUCAAUUAUGUCAGGGACUAAAAUACCCUAAAGUCAUCAGAUCCUGUCUGAUCCUGGAAGCUAAGUAGGGUCACACCUAGUUAAUAUAGGAUGAGAGACCACCAGCAAAUACCAGGUGCUGUAGGCCAUAUUUCAUAGGAAGGAACUGGCAAAGCCACUUCGAAGUAUUAUUUUCCUGUGAAAACCCUAUGAAAUGUUCCUUGGGUUGCUCUAAGUCAACAUGCAAGUUGAAGUGACAUAUAGACACAUCGUGCUGUUUUUGUUUCAUAAGGAAUCACUUUCACAUAAUUAAUUUCCUGAUAGGUUUCAAGGAAGAUACAAAAAAUCAACAUGUUAGCUAAAUGCAAGUUCUGUGUUCUGCAACAGGGCUUUUUUUUUAAAUCGUAUCAGGAGCGACUUGAGAAAC